CGGGCGUCUACCAAUCUGUAUUCAUCAUGUACACGAAUACUAGCUCAUCACUACACCUACGCGAAGGAUGCUAUGGAUGUUCCCGGGCUUACAGGUAUGCAAAGACGUGAGGAUUGCCCUGUCGGCACUAUGUCCUCUGCUGCGGCACGUAGUAACGCGCAUCAUCUGCUACUCGCCGAAAGCCGCCCUGUGUGGAAGCGGGGCAGCUGGUAACGAUGCAGACUUACCGUGCACUAUUAUCGCUCUGGUUAAGGGCAAUAUGGCAUUGGAAAAUGGCGAGGGGAUCCUGCUGAAAAGCAUGUAUGUCGCUACCGGCGAUGCGACAAAUAGCCAAGCCGCCUUCCGAAAACGAAGCGAGGUACGGAGCAAGCUUGUCUCCCCUAGGCAGACCUAUAAAAUCGUCUGAGGAAGCGACGACAUACGAUAUUAAGGUCUGCUUC